CGCCGCGAGACUGGACUGGGUUUGGAAUCCUAACUGAAGUGGAAGCUGUGUCUGAGCAAGUUACUGAGCUUCCUUCACGUUGCCGAGCCACUGAAGACGUUGCAGUUAGUGGGAUUGACAACUGUUACUGGAGUUCAUUUAAUCAUUGCGUCUAUAAGUCAAUUUCUAAAGAAUGAGGCUGAAGACAUCGCUCUUGAAAGAACCAAAACAUAAAGAGUUGGUCAGUUGCGUGGGUUGGACAACAGCAGAUGAAUUGUAUUCGUCCAGUGAUGAUCAUCAAAUCCUGAAGUGGAAUUUGUUAACAAAUGAAACAAUACAGGUAGUAAGACUAGCUGAAGAAAUUUAUCCCAUAGACCUGCACUGGUUCCCAAAGACGACAGGGGGCAAGAAGCAGAUACAAGCGGAAAUAUUUGUGCUCACCAGUACUGAUGGCAAAUUUCACUUGGUCUCAAAGACUGGACGAGUGGAAAAAAGUGUAGAAGCACACCGUGGAGCUGUGCUGGCAGGGAGAUGGAAUUAUGAGGGAACUGCUUUGGUAACAGUUGGUGAAGAUGGGCAAAUUAAGAUUUGGUCCAAAACUGGAAUGCUGCGAUCUACUAUGGUGCAACAAGGUACUCCAGUAUAUUCAGUAGCAUGGGGACCAGAUUCAGACAAGAUUCUUUACACCUCAGGAAAACAACUGAUUGUUAAGCCUCUGCAACCAAAUGCCAAAGUCCUACAGUGUCCCUGGAGAUGCAGCAUGCAGUGUCCGCCGGUAUGUUUGAGACCUCCUGAGAUCAGUGGGUACUGGGGGACUGGAGCGCAUUAUCAACCCUGGUGGAAAGCACAUGAUGGAGUCAUUCUGAAGGUAGACUGGAAUGCUGUGAAUGAUCUCAUCCUUUCCGGUGGUGAGGACUGUAAAUACAAGGUAUGGGACAGUUAUGGACGUCUGUUGUAUAGUGCCCAGGUGCAUGACUAUCCUAUAACAUCUGUGGCUUGGGCACCUGAUGGGCAACUAUUUGCUGUUGGAUCAUUCAACACCCUUCGUCUAUGUGAUAAAACUGGGUGGUCUUAUGCACUUGAAAAGCCAAACACAGGAAGUGUGUUCAACAUUGCUUGGUCUGUUGAUGGCACUCAAAUAGCUGGAGCUUGUGGAAAUGGCCAUGUGAUCUUUGCCCACAUCAUAGAACAGCGUUGGGAAUGGAAGAACUUUGAAAUCACAUUGACUAAACGAAGAUCUAUGCAGGUACGAAAUGUAUCGAAUGAUGCACUAGAUGUCUUAGAAUUCCGUGACCGUGUGAUAAAGGCCUCGUUGUCCCAUGGACAUUUGGUAGUUGUAACCUCAUUGCAGUGUUAUGUGUAUAGUACUAAGAAUUGGAAUACCCCACUGGUAUUUGACCUGAAAGAAGGUACUGUUAGUUUAAUUCUACAGGUAGAGAGACACUUUCUUCUGCUUGAUGGAGCAGGGAUUUAUUUGUAUUCAUAUGAAGGUCGCCUUAUUUCUUCUCCAAAGUUCCCAGGGAUGAGAACUGACAUACUGAGUUCCCAGACUGUCUCCCUCAGCAAUGAUACAAUUGCAGUGAGAGAUAAGGCUGACGAUAAAGUAAUUUAUCUUAUUGAUGCACUGUCUGGAAAACCCCUUGGUGAUGGAAAGCCUCUUGUUCACAAGAUAGAAGUGAUGGAGGUUGCACUGGAUCAAUUUGGCUCGCCUAAUGAAAGAAAAGUUGCCAUCAUUGACAAAAAUCGAGAUCUGUACAUUUCUUCAGUGCGUAGGUUUGGGAAAGAACAAAAAAUCAUCAAAAUUGGUACAAUGGUGCACUCUAUAGCUUGGAAUGACAAGGUCAAUAUAUUAUGUGGAAUGCAGAAUAUGCAUUUCGUAGUUUGGUAUUAUCCUAACACAAUCUAUGUGGACAAGGAACUUCUAUCCAAAACAAUUUAUGAAAAAGAUGCAAGUGAAUUUGGUAAAAGUCCUCAGAUUGUCAACUAUGUGGGAAACCAGGUGACAGUCAGAAGAGCUGAUGGGUCACUGAUAUAUACAAGUAUAUCACCCUAUCCUGCUAUUCUACAUGAAUAUGUUAGUGCCUCACGGUGGGAUGAUGCUGUUCGUCUGUGUCGCUUUGUCAAGACAACAACACCCGACGAGGAACAAACAAUGUGGUCAUGCCUUGCUGCCAUGGCGAUUGCACACAAAGAUCUACUGACAGCAGAGGUUGCUUAUGCAGCAGUUGGUGAGAUUGAUAAAGUACAGUAUAUCAACUUAAUCAAGGACUUACCUUCAAAGGAGUCACGGAUGGCACACUUGCUGCUAUUUAUUGGAAAUGCACAAGAUGCUGAGGGAACUUUAAUCCAGGCGGGCCUUAUUUAUCAAGCCAUCCAAGUAAAUAUUAACCUCUACAACUGGGACAGAGCUCUGGAGCUGGCUGUAAAAUAUAAGACACACGUCGAUACCGUGCUUGCUUAUAGGAAGAAAUUUUUGGAGGAUUUCCAAAAAGAAGAGUCCAACAAGAGAUUUUUACAGUAUGCAGAAGGAGUAGAAGUCAACUGGGAGAAAAUUCAAGCCAAAAUUGAAAUGGAGUUUGCAAAAGAACGAGAGCGUGCAGCUGCUGUUACUAGUUUAAGUUCAACUGGAUCCAGGAAUGCACCCUUAAACCGGUAAUGCAAGCGCUCAGGAUCAGGUUAACUUCAGAUGGUAGAUGUCUUACAUCUCUUCAAAGAUUUUCUACUUUCCUUUUUGUAGUUGAAAGAAACAUUUGAAAGACUUUGGGAUUAAAUGUUAAAAUGAAGUUCAGUAAGUUUAUUUUUUAUCACUGUAAAUAAUAAAAUGUUUUUCAAGUAAUAUCAUUCAUGUUAUUGAGAAUAUAUUUAGUGUACUUCUCAAACAAUUGUGGUUUUCUCUUCUGUACUAAAUUGAAUGUAGAAUUAAUUAAUUUCGAAAUAAAUGUAAUCAACUUCUGAGGUUUGUCUUACAGUUCCAACAUCAGACAAUCAUCUUAAUAAAAGUUCUCAUUGUAUAUUAUUAGCAAUAAAUUAAAAUUAUAUAA